AAAGAUUUGUAUAAAAAUAGAAAAUAGAGAGAGAAACAUGGAGAAAAGAGUACAGAGAGAGCAGUAGGAAAAGCAGGGAUCUUUCUUAGCACCAAGUUUCUCUCACUAGGGUUUUUCAUGGUUUCUUGGCUAGGCAGGCCCCGCGACUGCGAUUAAUCAGGAGUUUGAGAGAAACCCAUUUUCUCUCUCUAGGAUGUUCUUCUUAGAACCGUGCUUUCUAGAGGUACUUUUACAUGCGCUUCUCUCUGCAUUGAUUUUGGACACUCCUUCGUGGUUUGCUUCUUCUCCAAAGGGCUUGCCUCUAUUGACAACCCUGCAAGAACGCAUAAAGAAUUCUAAUUUGGAACUUGUUCGGUGCUCGAAUCCAUGUCUUAUGAUCAAGGUUUAGAGUGCAUUGGAUCUUGGCUUUUAAACUGCUUUCUCUGUUCAAUUCUGGUAUUGAAAUGAAACCCAUGUUUUCUUUGGUGCUUAGAUCUGUGAUCCUCGACUUAUUGCUGGUUGGAACCCAUAUUUGAAUGGGAAUUACGAGCUGUAAUUUUGCUGCUUGGGUAUCUUGUAAACUAGUUUGGGUUCAAUUAUCAGAGCUUUAUUUGUACAAGAACUCCUGAUAGGUUCACUAAUCAUAGGAUAACAUAAAAACUCGGUUUCUUUGAUUUCCAUUAUCAGAGAGUAGAACGAAGAGCUAGGCUUGGUUCGUGCAAUCAUCGAACAGUAGACGGCUCCACUAGUAUCUUCAGUAAUUAGGCCUCGAAAAGGUGGGGUUUCUGAUUGAUUAUCAGAAGAUAGAAACUAGGGUUAAUAUUUUUAGCUAAUCAUCACGUUCUUUUGGGUUAAGAGAAAAGAUGGUGCCUUCAGGCCCUCCAACACCCAUUGGUAAUGGGGCACCUACAGUUCCCCCUUCAACUCUCUUGCGAACGAAUUCAGGUCUUUUGGGUCCUCAAAAUGGUGGAGUUCCAUCUCAAUCUGCAUUUCCCUCUCUUGUUUCGCCUCGUUCUCAGUAUAACAGUGCAAGUUUGCUUGGCAAUAUGGCUAAUGUUUCUUCACUCCUAGGAAGUGGUGGGGGUAGUUCAGCCAUGGCUGCUGUUAACCAGGGCUUCAUCAAUGGCUCUCAAUCUGGUGGUACGAACUCUGGAAUUUCAGGUUCAGGGAACCUUCAAAGGGGCGGAGUGAACAUGGUUGCGGACACCGAUCCUUUAUCGGGAACUGGGGGUAAUAUGGGUUUUGCCGCGUCACCAGUUUCUCUCUCAUCUUCGAAUGUUUCAAUCUCGGGUUCAUCUAAUCUCAAUGCGAAUGGACCUAUCAUGGGCUCUGGUACCUUGGUUCCAGACCAGCAACAAGCUCAACAGCUCGAGGUCCAAAACUUUCAGCUUAACCAGAACCAAACACAAGGUCAGGACCCAUCUAACUCUCUUCAAAUUCAAUCCCAACAAAUGCUUGGGGCUAGAGCCCUGCAACAAUUUCAUGUGCCCAAUAGUCUUGGGCAGUCCCUUAGAGGCCUAUCAGGGGACCAAACGGGGCAGCAAUUACAGGCUUUGAGGAAUUUGGGGCCAGUAAAGCUUGAACCUCAAAUGGGUAAUGACCAAGCCGGGCAACAACAGCCAUUGCAAGCUUUGCGGAGCUUGGGUCCUGUGAAAUUAGAGCCUCAACAGUUCCAGAACCUAAGAAGCUUAGCCCCAAUAAAGCUCGAACAGCAACACAGUGACCAAACUUUGUAUCAGCAACAACAGAUGUUACAGAUGGCUAGGCCAUCAUCUCAGCAAAUGCAGUUACAGGCUGCUCAUUUGCAGCAACAAAGGCUAUUGCAGCAGCAGCAACAACAACAGCUAUUGCAGGCCCUUCCCCAACAAAGAUCGAGGCUUCAGCAACAGCAACAGCAGUUUCAUAACCAAGCUCUACCUGUUGGGUCAAGUGGGAAAGCUGCUGUAUAUGAGUCGGGGACUUGUGCUAGGCGUUUGAUGCAAUACAUGUAUUACCAACAACAUAGACAGGAUAACAGCAUUGAAUUUUGGCGGAAAUUUGUCAAUGAAUAUUUUGCUCCGCAUGCAAAGAAGCGGUGGUGUGUUUCUUUGUAUGGAAGUGGCCGGCAAACAACUGGUGUUUUCCCUCAGGAUGUUUGGCAUUGUGAAAUAUGUGGUACCAAGCCUGGCCGUGGUUUUGAAACUACGGUUGAGGUCCUACCAAGGCUGUGCAAAAUUAAAUAUGACAGUGGUACCUUGGAAGAGCUUCUUUAUGUGGACAUGCCGCGUGAAUAUUGCUCAGCGUCAGGCCAUAUAGUCUUAGAAUAUGCAAAAGCAAUACAAGAAAGUGUAUUUGAGAAACUACGAGUCGUGCGUGAUGGCCAACUUCGAAUUGUUUUUUCUACAGAUUUAAAGAUCUGUUCAUGGGAGUUUUGUGCGAGGAGUCACGAGGAACUUAUUCCCCGAAGAUUGUUGAUACCUCAGGUUGGCCAACUUGGCACAGUAGCUCAGAAGUAUCAAACUGCAUCUCAAAAUGCACCAUCGAAUCAAGCUCCUCAGGAAUUGCAAAAUUAUUGUAAUUCGUUUGCUGCAACUGCAAAGCAAUUAGCGAAAUCCUUGGAGGUUCCUUUGGUGAAUGAUUUAGGAUAUACGAAAAGAUAUGUCCGUUGCCUUCAGAUAUCAGAAGUGGUUAACAGUAUGAAAGAUUUGAUUGACUAUAGCCAAGAAACAAGGACCGGACCCAUGGCAAGUUUGAUCAACUUUCCAAGGAGAACUGGCAAUUCAACAGGGCUCUCUACCCAAGGGCAGCAACAGCAGCCAGAAGAACAGGUUGGCGCUCAGAAUGCAAAUAAUGACCGGAGCACUGUUCAGGCCACACCUGCACAUCUUGCUGCUAGUAAUGGAGCAAGCAGUGUAAAUAACUCGAUUGCUACUUCUUCAGCCUCAGCCCCCACUAGCACCAUUGCUAGCCUUCUCCACCAAAACUCCAUGAACUCGAGGCAAAACAACCCCAGUAGUCCUUUUUCAAACCCAUCGGUCAGUUCCCCCAAUAUGCAGCAACCUCAGCCGAACCCAUCUUCUCCUUACCCAAACCAAGCUCCAUCUUCUUCUAACCAAGGUUUACCCAACUCUGCAAACUCCCCUGCUAAUAGUGCCCCUCUACCCACACAGUCUAAUAAUGAAGCCGAUCCGAAUGACCCUCAGAACUCUAUGCAGCAAAUAAUUCAAGAAAUGAUGAUGUCUUCUCAAGUGAAUGGAGGUGGUAACAUGAAUUCAGGAGUUGGGUCAUCGGGGAAUGAGAUGAAAAGUGUAAAUGGUAUUACACAGAUGGGGAAUCCAGCUCUUAAGGGUCCAAACUGUUUGGUAGGUAAUGGAGGUUUAUCGAAUGGAGUUGGAUUUGGUAACAUGGGGGGUGUAAAUCCGAUGCCUAUGAACCCUAUGAAUGGUAUGAGGUCGGCUAUGGCGAACAGCUCUAUGGGAUUGAACGGGAGGGUCAAUGUGUCUUCCAUUCCACAGGAUUCUGGGAUAGCCCAUCAACAGGAUAUGGGUAACAGGCUGUUAAAUGGUCUUGGAACAGUGAAUAGCUUCAAUAAUCUCCCAUUUGACUGGAAAUCAUCUUCAUAACGGGCUAUAAGAGUUUAAUCUUUUGCGAAUUGUAUACGUCAAAAGGACUUUGGAGGAAGAUCGGUGUUACCUCGAGGAACUGUGUGCUCUGUGAUCCUUGGUUUUUGGCUCUUUCCAUACCAAUAUUGAGAGGAAACAAGCGAGGUAGAUCAGCAUCCACUUGGACCCAUUGUCUUUUUGUUUUUUUUUCCUUUUUUAAAUCUCUCUGUGGCUUUCGAAAUGGUGGUUAAUUUGAAGUGCCAGCUUUGUCAGUCCACUUGUGUGAGAAUCUCCCAUGAACAUCAUUUUGGAGGGAAUGUAAGGGAUCUCAGAGGAGUGAUGACGGUGGAUGCGUUGCUCUCUACUUCUAGUGUUGCUGCAAUUAGGAAUAUAUACACAGCUCCGAAGUGGAGAGCGUCUACUUGGGAUGGAAGUGCUGUAUCUCACUCUCGUUUUUUGAGAGAAUUGUAUAUUAUCAACCAAAAGGUAUUCCUUAUAGGCUUUUACUGUUCUUGAGCUGUUUUUCCAUUUAUGAGCUCUCUCUCUCUCUUACAUAUACAUAUGCGUAGAAUCAAUGAACCUUUGCUCACUCUCUCACUUAAUGCCUCAAAUCUAUGAACCUUUGCUCAGAUUGUAUAUAUUGAUGAUUCUCUUGUGGCC